AUAAAUAUUAUAAGUCAUAAACAUCAUACAACAGAAAUUUUACACACGUUAAUAAUGGUAUUUUUCAAUGUUAUACAUAAUACUAUUCGACCUCUUCGAUACAUAAAAACAUUACCUACAGUUAAUUUGACUAUUACACGAACCUAUGCAAGAUGGGUUAGUCGAAAACCUGUUGCGAUUGUUAACGAAGAUAAACUUUACGAUUAUGAAGAUACUAAUAAACCACAAAUUCCUCAACAAAAGACAUUUCCUAGAAAAAAAUCAAGAGAAACUAAACAAAAGAUUUCUCAGAAAACAGAAAGUGAAAAUACUCAAAUGACUGUAAAAAGUAAUAUAUCUACCAAACUUUGGAAAAAUAAUAGUAUUGUAACGUCUUUGUUAUCUAAACUUAAAUCAAGAAAGAAGGCAGAAAAAGCUAACGAGAUAAUUUUAGAAGGACACAGAUUAAUCAAAGAUGCUUUAAAAUUUGGUUUGAUACCAAGUGCAAUAAUUUUUAAUGAUUCAUUGGAUAUAGAACAAUUAGAAUUACCUGAAGGAGUUCCAUUAUACAAAGUUCCAUAUAAAACAAUUCAGUUAUGGUCUAGUGUAGUCAAUUCACCUGGGUUAUUAGGAAUUUUUAAAUCUUAUGAUAUAUAUAAAAAGACUGCAGCUAAGAAUGCAUUACCACUCACUAUCAUUUGUGAUAAUGUAAGAGAUCCAGGAAAUUUAGGGUCUAUUAUGAGAGUUGCUGCAGCUGCAAGCUGUGAAAAAUUAAUAUUAAUUAAAGGAUGUGUAGAUUUAUGGGAUCCAAAAGUUUUAAGAAGUGCAGCUGGUACACAUUUUCACUUACCUAUUCGUUCAUUUUUAACAUGGGAUGAGGUUCCACCACUGAUUGAAGAAGAUAGUCACAUUUUUAUAGCAGACUGCAACUUUAGUGAUAAAUAUUUGUUCAAUUACUCACCAGAUGUACUUCAUCCAAGUUUAAAAAUAUUUGAUAUUGAUCCAGAAGAUAUCAAAACAAAAUUUUUUCCAAAUAAUGAUGAAACAAGGAAGAAAACAGAAUCAGAAAUACCAACAACUAAAAAGGUGCUGGAACAAUUUAUGUUAAACUUACCUAUUAUUCCCUAUCAUUCUAUAGAUUACACAAAGAAAGAAUCUGUAAUUGUUAUAAGUGGAGAAACUGUAGGUUUGAGUCUUAACUGUUAUAAUUUUCUGAAAGAACGAAAAAGUAUUCGUAUUCAUAUAUCUAUAGAAAAAGAAGUAAAUAGUUUGAAUGUUGGUGUGGCCCUUGGUAUUCUUAUCUUUGAAAUUAAAAGACAAUUUCUCAAGAAAGACAGCUUUUGUUAA